AUGGAGCUGCUGGGGCUGAAUCGGAGCGCGCUGGAGCCAGAGUCCCAGUGCGGCCCGGGUCCCCUGUCCCCCAACAGCAGUGCUAACAGCAGUGCCAACAGUAGCUGCGAAUCUCCUCGAGGAGGCUCUGGAGCCAGCAGGACACCCCGAGAGUUGGAGCUGGCAGUGAGGGUGACCCUGUACGUCGUCAUUUUCCUGCUGAGCGUGGGAGGAAACAUGCUGAUAAUCACAGUGCUGGGACUAAGCCGUCGCCUGCGCACGGUCACCAAUGCUUUCCUGCUCUCACUGGCUGUCAGCGACCUACUCCUGGCUGUGGCCUGUAUGCCCUUCACCCUCCUGCCCAACCUCAUGGGCACUUUCAUCUUCGGCACUGUAGUCUGCAAGGCUGUCGCCUAUCUCAUGGGAGUGUCUGUGAGUGUGUCCACCCUAAGCCUGGUGGCCAUCGCCCUGGAGCGCUACAGCGCCAUCUGCCGGCCUUUGCAGGCACGAGUGUGGCAGACACGCUCCCACGCCGUGCGUGUCAUCGUGGCCACGUGGCUACUGUCUGGUCUGCUCAUGCUACCCUAUCCCGUGUACUCCGUUGUGAGGCCAGUGAGCCCCCGCGCACUGCAGUGCACGCACAGCUGGCCUAGCAAUCGAGCGCGCCAGGCAUGGUCUGUGUUGCUGCUGCUGUUCCUGUUCUUUGUACCUGGCGUAGUCAUGGCCGUGGCUUACGGUCUCAUCUCCCGCGAACUCUACUUGGGGAUCCGCUUCGAGAGUCAGAGCCAGAGGCACGGGCAUGGGCAGCAGGGCCAGAACGGCGACCACAGACACUGCGGAUUACCUGGUGGGCCAAGCCCAGCGCUUUCCAAUGGGCCAAGUACCCGGGCACCUGCAGGCCAGGAAGGUGAUGGCUGCUAUGUGAAUCUACUCUCAGAACAAUCUGGAAUGGAACUCUCAGCGUUGACCCCCACUGCCUCUAGAAGGGACACCCGAGGCCCUGGACCUAGUGUGAGCUCAUGGCCAGCUCAGGCUCAGGCUCAGCUUCAGGCCAAGAAGCGGGUAGUACGGAUGCUGCUGGUGAUCGUGGGGCUGUUUUUCUUAUGCUGGCUGCCCUUAUACAGUGCCAACACGUGGCGUGCCUUUGACAGGGAAGGUGCUCAUCGUGCCCUCUCAGGAGCCCCUAUCUCUUUCAUCCAUUUGCUCAGCUAUGUCUCUGCCUGUGUCAAUCCACUUGUCUACUGCUUCAUGCAUCGGCGUUUCCGUCAGGCCUGCAUGGCCACUUGUGCUAGAUGCCGACCCCACCCAACCCGUUCCCGAGUUACUCGAGCUGGGCCCAGGCUAGGUGAUGACCAUGAACUUGACCAUCCCACUACCUCUCUGUCUCGUCUCAGCUAUACAACUAUCAGCACACUGGGUCCUGGCUGAGGGCAUCCCAAGACAUGCAGUAGAUGUCUUGUUUAGGAAGACAUGGAACCAACCCAGAGAUACACUGCCCCUCCUGCCUUGGGGAACAAAGGGUCCUUUCUUCCUUGGGGGAAAUGGGUAUUCUACUAUAGGGAGCCUGAUUCCCCCCACUCUUGCCCCAGGGUGGCACAGGCA